AAACAAGUACGAAAAAAAUAUAAAAAUGUCAAGCAUCCCACUCUCUACGUUCGUAUUCUCCAUCCUUUUCCUCAUCUCCACCGCGACGGGCGCCACAUUCGAGAUCCUGAACCAAUGUGGUUACACCGUAUGGGCUGCCGCAAGUCCCGGAGGGGGCCGGCGUCUAAACUCCGGGCAGUCAUGGACACUAAAUGUUCCUGCUGGCACGUCUAUGGCACGGAUUUGGGGUCGGACCAACUGUAACUUUGACUCCUCUGGGCGUGGCCGCUGCGAAACCGGUGACUGUAGUGGUGGACUUCAGUGUACCGGUUGGGGCCAGCCACCAAACACGUUGGCUGACGCGAGCAGCUCGAGUUGCAAGCGGAUACUAUGCACUGCAGACAUAAACGGGCAGUGUCCGAACGUACUGAGAGCGCCUGGUGGCUGCAACAACCCGUGCACGGUUUUUAAGACGAAUGAGUACUGUUGUACAAAUGGGCAGGGAUCAUGUACGGACACACAAUACUCAAGAUUCUUCAAACAGAGAUGUCCCGACGCCUACAGCUAUCCACAAGACGACCCUACCAGCACUUUCACUUGCAGUAACACUAACUAUAGGGUCGUGUUUUGUCCAAGGGCUAGGCUUGGUGCUACUGGGACCGACGAGCUCCCAAUCAAGAUGGUCACUGAGGAGAAUUAAUGAAGAGACGAAUCUCCAUUGUAUGUGUCUGUGUGAGUAUGUACGCGUGACUAUCCCACUGAAUAAAUAAUAAUGAAAGCAAUAAGAGUAAUUAAAGUUGGUCGACCAAUGUACAAGUUGAACUGAAUUUGUCUCUUUCCCGUCAAACUUUAUAUAUUAUAGGUUAAAAAAUAAAAAUUCUACA